UCUGUAACUAGGGUAACGGGGCUCUGUUUCUGUAACUGGGGUGACUGAGCUAACUGUGAUUGGUUAGGCUUCCCUCUGCUUGACUGCACUGUCCCGCUUCUGUAACCUGGCUUGCUUGCAUUGGCUAGACCCCCGAACAUCCCUUUUGCGGUUUUCAGGCUUAUAAAGAGUGCCCUUGCAAUUGUUCGGGGCUGAUCAGGGGAACAGCUUUAUGUUCUGGUCAGCCGCCACCGGUGUGCUUCAAUAAAGGCUUGAUUCGAUUAUAUGUGAGUGGUCUGGAAGUCAGUUUAUGAAACCCUGGGACAAAGCUUUAACUAUAACAGUUUGAAAACAAAUCUCAAGGACUCACCAGUCACAUUUCCUUGACUUCAGUCUCAUGGAACUUAAUAUAUUUACCUUUUUAUCCUUUUGGAAUCAGGGAGAGAUCUUACCUGAGAUGUCCAAGGAAUUUUUGCAAAAAAAAAUGUGGUCUUCUGAAAGGUUAAUAAAAUAGGUACUUGUCACUCCGUUUUUCUGUAUGCUUAACAAAACACUGUUGAAAUCUUGAGAACUGUUUGCUAAUCUUGUUCCCAGAAUGUACUGUCCCCAACUGCCAAACUGCAGAAUGUACUCCCUCACUCAGUUGCAGGCAAACCGCCCACUCGCCCUGACCCGUCAAUGAACUUCCCUCCCUGCCCUCUCCAAGGAAAGUAUAUAAGCUCUGCUUAAGCUGUUCUCAGGGCUCUUUGCUCUAUUCAAGUGAGCUCUGAGCCCCAGCAUGCUGGACCCCCAAUAAACCCUUUGCUGUUGCAUGAGACAGUCUCUUGGUAGUCUCUUCCUCCCACGCUCGCCCGACCUUUACAUAUGGAGGUUCCACUGAGAUCCGGCAGUGGCGGACGAAAGACCCCCAAUGGGCUCCUCUCGGGUAAAACGCCGGACCUGGCAGACUCUCUGUGCCUCAGAAUGGCCCACCUUUGGAGUCGGAUGGCCCCCAGGAGGAUCUUUCUACUCCCCACUAAUUCAAAAAGUCAGAGAUAUUGUCUUUCAGCCGGGGCUACAUAGCCAUCCAGAUCAACAGCCGUAUAUCUUAACUUGGCAAGACCUCUGCAAAUCUCUUCCUCCAUGGGUGAAGCCUGUCCUUGUCCCUGCCCCCGCUCCUAUUCCUUCCCCCAAGAUUCUAUCUCUCAAACCUUCUGCUCCUCCUCCUCCUCCACCCUCUGUUCUCCCUGAGUCUCUAGAUUUGACUCUACUGGACUCUCCUCCCCCUCCUUAUCUCCUGCCCUUGUCCCCCAACCCCCAACACCCUCUAAGUGAUUCCCCUGCUGCUGACUCAGCCUCUCCACCAUUGGAGGAAGCUGAGCCGGCCCAGCGCCCUCUAGAUGACUUCCCCAUGGCACACACAGCCCCUCCUCCCCUGGAGGAAGCUGGCCCGGCUAAAGAAACUCGCCAGCGGCGAAUGAAUAAAAACCCUGAAGCCCCCGUGAUACUCCCCCUCCGUCCUUAUGGGCCAAUGAUUGACAAUGGCCAUGGAGGAGAAAUGCAAGCCUACCAGUAUUGGCCUUUCUCCUCUUCAGACCUAUAUAACUGGAAAAAUAACAAUCCCCCUUUUUCCGAGGACCCCACCCGGCUCACAGGUCUGGUUGAGUCAUUGAUGUUUUCACACCAGCCUACUUGGGAUGACUGCCAACAACUCCUAGGCACUCUCUUCAUGACAGAGGAACGAGAGAGAAUCCUCCUGGAAGCUAGAAAAAAUAUCCUCGGACCAGACGGGCAACCGACACAACUUCCCAACAUAAUCGAAGCCGACUUCCCCUUGAACCGACCCAACUGGGACCCCAACACCUCUGAAGCCCUCCACAGAGAUCUCAACAACUUCAGAACUACGCACCCUGAAGUCACCCUGCUUCAAUAUGUGGAUGACCUGCUACUGGCAGCUGACACCAAGGAAAACUGUGAGUCUGGAACCCAAGCACUAUUAUCCGAGCUUGCUCAACUUGGGUAUAGAGCUUCUGCCAAAAAGGCCCAAAUUUGCCAGCAAGAAGUAAUCUUCCUGGGCUAUUCCCUUAGGGGCGGUAAACGAUGGCUCACUGAGCCCAGAAAACAAACUGUUGUGCAGAUACCACCCCCAUCUAACAGAGAGUUUCUUGGGACUGCUAGCUUUUGCAGGUUAUGGAUACCUGGGUUUGCGUCCUUAGCUGCUCCUUUAUACCCGCUGUUAAAGGGAGAUGCCCAAUUCCAAUGGACCCCUGAGCACCAGCAAGCUUUUGAUAACAUCAAAAGGGCGCUGCUAUCUGCUCCGGCCUUAGCACUCCCGGAUGUAGAAAAACCCUUUACUCUCUACAUUGAGGAAAAGAAAGGAAUAGCACGAGGAGUGCUCACUCAGACUCUAGGACCCUGGAAAAGACCUAUAGCCUACUUGUCUAAAAAGCUGGACCCAGUGGCUGGUGGAUGGCCCCAUUGCCUAAAAGCUAUAGCAGCUGUGGCCCUACUAAUCAAGGAUGCUGAUAAGUUAACGCUGGGGCAGAAACUAACCAUUAUAGCCCCCCAUUCCCUAGAGAGCAUCAUCCACCAGCCACCAGACAGACGGUUAUCAAACUCUAGAAUAACACACUAUCAGAGCCUGUUGCUUGACAAGGAGAGAAUAAUGCUGGGACCCCCCCGCCCCGCUUAACCCGGCUACACUACUACCUGAACAAUCAUCAGGACCCGUCACUCAUGACUGUCAACAUAUACUGGCAGAAGAAACCAGUAUACAACGGGAAUUAAAGGAUCAGCCACUGCCCCACCCUGAGGUCAUAUGGUUCACUGAUGGCAGCAGCUUCCUCCAGGACGUCAGGAGAUUUAACUACGUCGGAGCACCCCGACAACUUAACAUCUAAGGACACUGACACUGAACUCCUCGACUUCACUGAGCCCAGCCUGCAAUUUCAGAAAGCACCUACGAGGAACCAGACCAGGACAAUUCUGGGAAAUGGACUUUACUGAAAUUAAGCCAGCAAGACUUAAAGCUCUUGAAAGAACUCAGCCAUACCUGUAAAAACAGCUGGCCACUGCCUACCAACCUGGGGACGAAGGGACUCCACACCGAUAUCAACUAGGAGACUUCAUCUACGUAAGACGACAUCAGGUGUCAUCCCUGGAACCCCUCUGGAAAGGACCAUACCAGGUGCUACUUAUAACACCUACAGCGGUAAAGGUAGACGGAACCACUUCCUGGAUCCAUGCCUCUCAUCGCAAGCCUGUGCCCUGUCCAGACUCUGGCUGGAAAUUGGAAAAGACUGGUAACCCUCUCAAAUUGCGUAUUUGCCGUGUGGAUAGGGCUAUGGACUCUCCCCUUGACCACCAGUAGUCCUAACCCUCAUCAGCCCAUUCAGCAGCGAUGGCUGAUCACAAAUCCUACUGGACAGGAAGUAUGGUCUAUCUCGCAUACAGCUCCUUUAGGGACCUGGUGGCCAUCUCUCCACCCAGACAUUUGUCAGUUGGCUAUGGGUCUUUCCUAUUGGGAUAUCCCCAAUGAAGAGGAUCCCACUAAAAUUUCAUUAAAUCCCUUCCAUACCAUAGAUAAUGGAAACAAACAUUAUGGAUGUAGAGACACGCAAGCCAGAUGUAGGUUGGCUAGCCUAGAUUACUAUGUUUGCCCGGCGGACUAUUGAAGCCGCAAACAGUCACGGCUGUGUGGGGGAAAAACUGACUUCUUCUGUAAGUCAUGGGGAUGUGAGCAUACAGGGACUGCCUAAUGGAACCCAAACCUCUGCCGGUUCUCAGACCAUUGCUCCCUUGCUGAGGUAGCAAGUACUGAGGUACCCCUCCACCCACUCACUCCUCUCUUCUCCUGUCAGUGCCCGCACCGAGUCCCACCAGGUCCUCUUACCAGCUAACCCAAAGCUCAAACCAGCUGAGGAGAGCCCUCAGACCCCUAUCCAAGAUGUAAUGAAAAUGGCCUUUAAAGUUGCUUUGUCAUCACUGAAAACAGGUUACUAAGAAUUUAAAGUCCCUCACAGGCUUUUUGGGAUACUCACUCCCAUCUUCCCUUCUGCUCUACCUGUUCUACUACUCAAGUUUUUGUUGCUAGGAAAAUCCCAAACCCCUUUCCCAUUAUUCUUUUACAUCUCUCCUUCCUCAUUCUCAGAUCCACGGAGCUGCUCUCAGCCCCGCCUUUCCCGUCUUCCCCCUCUAUACCAGGCCCACAGAAAAGUCUUAACUGACCUUCUCCAGAAGUCUUCACCAUGGCUAACUUUAAGACUUUCAGCAAAAGAGUCCCUAUAAAAGAGUUCAGUGUGAUAAACUUCCUCUUUUCGUGUUGCCCUGUUCUACUUGGCCACUGGCUAAAAAAUCAGCACUCCUAAGCUAGACACCCCCUUGCUAGUUUUUCACAAAAUAUGUGAACAAGGCCUCUGGCCUUGAGCUGGGGCUUCACAGAGAUGGCUACAUUUCUAAGAUAAAGAAGUUACCAACUGGGCUCCAUGGUAACAGCUGGCAGGGGGAGAAAAGAAAGGAAAAAAAAAAGCUCUCCCCCUCCCAGAUGUCCUUAAAAAGUUAACUUGUCCAGAACAGAGGAAAAAAACAAACAAAAACUGCUUUUUAUAAACUUCUGCAGACUGUGAACUUCUGAGCCCCUUCCCUUACAUGUUGGGUACAAAAUUCUGAAACUACCUAAACUUGGGGUUCAGGGGAUUAAUUGAUUACAACAGAAGCAAUGCCCUCUGAAUCCGAUUGCAACCAAAUAGGACCGUUUCCCUGUCUUCGGUGCUAUCUUAGGUACCUUGCCUUGUCCGUCCCUACAACAGUAUAAUUCUAUAUACUUAAACAUUGUUUAUGUUUUCAUAAAAUGGUCAACAGAUGUAAUUAAUUAUAUAAUGGUGCAGAUGUUUCCCAGAGUGCUCUAUCAUGACGCAGGUUCAUUUGAAGAUCAAAUAGGGGGGCAUACAACCCGGUUCCGCUGGGAACCUGUAUCCCUCACUUUAGCCAUCCUAUUAGGAAUAGGAGUUGCUGCAGGGGUGGGCACAGGAACCACUGCCCUGGUCCAUGGGAUACAACAAAUGACCCAAUUGAAAAACAGCAAUAGACCAAAACUUAAAGAUAUUAGAAACCUCCAUCACAGCUUUGCAGGAAUUUUAACCUCUCUCUCUGAAGUUGUUUUACAGAACAGGCGAAGGUUGGACCUCUUCUUCAUGAGAGAAGAGGGCCUUUGUGCUGCAUUGAGGAAAAAUGUUGUUUUUAUGCUGACCAUAUUGGAGUUGUAAAAAAAAAUCUAUGAGUAAAUUAAAAAGACGCCUUGAAGAGCGUCAAUGAGAGAGAGAAACCCAAAAAGGGUGGUUUGAGUCUUAGUUCACACAGUCCCCCUGGUUAAUUACGCUUUUAUCAGCCCUGGCCGGUCCAUUAAUAAUCCUCAUAUUAUUGCUAACUGUAGGACCCUGUUUGCUCAACCGGGUAGUUUCCUUUCUCCAAGCUCAAAUUGAACAAGUUAAACUUAUGGUAAUCAGACAACAAUAUACCCCACUAGCAGACAUAGAAUGUGACACCCCCCAAUGAUCACUUUUAUGAUUAAAAGUAGCCAGAAGAAGAAGUGGGGAAUGAAAGGUUAAUAAAAUAGGUACUUGUCACUCUGUUUUUCUGUAUGCUUAACAAAACACUGUUGAAAUCUUGAGAACUUUUUGCUAAUCUUGUUCCCAGAAUGUGCUGUCCCCAACUGCCAAACUGCAGAAUGUACUCCCUCACUCAGUUGCAGGCAAACCGCCCACUCACCCUGACCCAUCAAUGAACUUCCCUCCCUGCCCUCUCCAAGGAAAGUAUAUAAGCUCUGCUUAAGCUGUUCUCAGGGCUCUUUGCUCUAUUCAAGUGAGCUCUGAGCCCCAGCAUGCUGGACCCCCAAUAAACCCUUUGCUGUUGCAUGA